AGGGGGCCGCCCAGCCUGCUCUGGGCCGUCCCUGCUGGGGCCACUCCGGCACGGUGUCCUCCUGCCUGGGAGAGGGGAAGCAGACCUGAGGACAUCUCUGUGACCAGACCAGAAACCUCCCACCCCCAGGUGAGGCCAAGACCCUCCCCAGGAUGGAUGUGGGGUCCAGCUCCCGGAGCCCCCUCGGACUAAAAAUCCUGCUGCUUCUGCUGACGCUGCUGGUGGGGGGCCAGGCCAGCACAGACUGCAACGGGAUCCCGGGGAUGCCGGGCAUGCCCGGGGCGCCAGGGAAGGAUGGGCACGAUGGACUGCCGGGGCCCAAGGGUGAGCCAGGAAUCCCAGCUAUCCCCGGGACUCGAGGACCCAAGGGUCAGAAGGGAGAACCCGGCGCACCCGGCCAUCCAGGGAAAAAUGGCCCCAUGGGAGCCGCUGGGAUGGCGGGCGUCCCCGGCCUCAUGGGCCCCCCCGGGGAGCCAGGCGAGGAGGGCAGGUACAAGCAGAAGCACCAGUCGGUGUUCACGGUCAUGCGGCAGACGUCCCAGUUCCCCGCGGCCAACAGCCUGGUCAAGUUCAACACGGUGGUCACCAACCCGCAGGGGGACUACGACACGAGCACGGGCAAGUUCACCUGCAAGGUCCCCGGCCUCUAUUACUUUGUCCACCACACGUCGCAGACGGCCAACCUGUGCGUGCUGCUGUUCCGCAGCGGCGUCAAGGUGACCACCUUCUGCGACCACAUGUCCAACAGCAAGCAGGUCAGCUCGGGCGGGGUGCUGCUGCGGCUGCAGGUGGGCGAGGAGGUGUGGCUGGCCGUCAACGACUACAACGGCAUGGUGGGCACCGAGGGCUCCGACAGCGUCUUCUCCGGCUUCCUGCUCUUCCCCGACUAGGCGGGCUCCAGCCCCCGGCCGCCCCGCCUCCCUCAGGUUCCCUGCACGAACCCACCCUGCCGGCCAUGCCAGCCAGUCAGUCUCUGUAUUCUCACUCAGCCCAUUCUCCCCACCUGACAGACUCCUCCUCCAGGAAGCCCGCCCUGACCACCCUGCCCCAUGAGUCCUCUCCCUCCUCUGAGCUCCUUCCGGAGUCACUGCGUUGACACU